AUGCAAGAAGUCGUGAUGGCUCUUGGGAACGGAAUAGAUGGAGAUUCCCUUCUUUCUUUUUCCCUUUCACUUCCUUAUGCUUCGCCUCAACGGCUGAGACUCUUUCGAUUUCCACGGUUUCGCUUUUUUUGGUUUCUUGAUUUACGCACGUGCGAAAUACUACGAUGUCGAAAUGUUCCCAAUAGUAGGUCUUUGCCUUGGCCUUAG